CUGUUUGUCCCGCUGACGCUGUUCUGGGAAGCGUGCGAGCCCCCCUCCGUGGAAAACCAAAAGUUUACAGAGCAUUUAUUGAAGUCCGUUUCAAAACUCUGCAAGUACCUGUUGACUUCAUUCCUGGUUUUAUUUCGGGACUUUCGUUUUUGCCUUUUCAAUUGAUUUAUUUUCUAACAGAGGAAGUUCAAUCCUGAACUCCUUAUUUCUUUAGUUGCAACAACUCGACAGAGUGCCAGAGAAGGGGGGAUAGCGAAAGGAAAACUUUUGCGGAAUUUAACCACCAUUCCUCCAUUUUGAAGCGCUCGUAUUACUCUACAGUUUCCCUUGAGCGAAUUGCUUUGGAGCCAGUGUGGAAGAUGACGAGCAUCAACACGGACAACAUCAACUUCAAAUGGGACCCCAAGAGUCUGGAGAUCCGGACGCUGGCGGUGGAGAGACUGCUGGAGCCGCUGGUCACCCAGGUGACCACCCUGGUGAACUCCAGCAACAAGGGCCCGUCCAAUAAGAAGAAGGGGCGGUCCAAGAAGGCCCACGUGCUGGCCGCCUCGGUGGAGACGGCCACCGAGAACUUCCUGGAGAAGGGCGACAACAUCGCCAAGGAGAGCCAGUUCCUGAAGGAGGAGCUGACCGCGGCCGUGGAGGACGUGCGCAAGCAAGGCGAUUCCAUGAAGACGGCGUCGGGCGAGUUUGCGGAGGACCCCUGCUCCUCGGUGAAGCGGGGGACCAUGGUCCGGGCCGCGCGCGCCCUCCUGUCCGCCGUCACCCACCUGCUGGUGCUCGCCGACAUGGCUGACGUCUACAAGCUCCUGCUGCAGCUGAAGCUGGUGGAGGAGAACCUGGUGAAGGUCCGCAACGCGGGGACGGAGCAGGACCUGGGCAUCCAGUACAAGGCCCUGAUGCCGGAGGUGGACAAGCUCAACAUGAUGGCGGCCAAGAGGCAGCAGGAGCUGAAGGACGUCCACCAUAAGGACCAGAUGGCGGCGGCGCGGGGCGUUCUGCAGCGCAACGUGCCCAUGCUGUACACGGCCUCACGCGCCUGCCUGCAGCACCCCGACGUGGCGGCCUACAAGGCCAACCGCGACCUGAUCUACAAGCAGCUGCAGCACGCCGUGUCCGGCAUCUCCAACGCCGCCCAGGCCACCGCCUCCGAGGACGCCGCCCUCAACCAGGGGCCCGGCGGCGGCGAGCUGGCCUACGCGCUCAACAACUUCGACAAGCAGAUCAUCGUCGACCCCCAGAACUUCAGCGAGGAGCGCUUCCGCCCCUCCCUGGAGGAGCGCCUGGAGAGCAUCAUCAGCGGUGCGGCGCUGAUGGCCGACUCGUCCUGCACGCGCGACGACCGGCGCGAGCGCAUCGUGGCCGAGUGCAACUCCGUCCGCCAGGCGCUGCAGGACCUGCUGAGCGAGUACAUGGGCAACGCCGGCCGCAAGGACCGGAGCGACGCCCUGAACACCGCCAUCGACAGGAUGACCAAGAAGACCCGCGACCUGCGCAGACAGCUGCGCAAGGCGGUGAUGGACCACGUCUCGGAUUCCUUCCUGGAGACCAACGUGCCGCUGCUGGUGCUGAUCGAGGCCGCCAAGAACGGCAACGAGAAGGAGGUGAAGGAGUACGCCCUGGUGUUCCGCGAGCACGCCAACAAGCUCAUCGAGGUGGCUAACCUAGCCUGCUCCAUCUCCAACAACGACGAGGGCGUGAAGCUGGUGCGCAUGGCCGCCUCCCAGCUGGAAACGCUCUGCCCCCAGGUGAUUAACGCGGCCCUGGCCCUGGCCGCCAAGCCCAACAGCAAGGUGGCCCUGGACAACAUGGACCUGUUCAAGGAGCAGUGGGAGAAGCAGGUGCGCGUGCUCACCGACGCCGUGGACGACAUCACCUCCAUCGACGACUUCCUGUGCGUCUCAGAGAACCACAUCCUGGAGGACGUGAACAAGUGCGUGAUCGCGCUGCAGGAGAAGGACGUGGAUGGGCUGGACCGCACCGCCGGCGCCAUCCGCGGCCGCGCCGCCCGCGUGGUCCACGUGGUCACGUCCGAGAUGGACAACUACGAGCCCGGGGUCUACACCGAGAAGGUUCUGGAAGCCACCAAGCUCCUGACCGAUACAGUUAUGCCCCGGUUCACCAUACAAGUGGAGGCGGCCGUGGAGGCCCUGAGCGCCAACCCCACCCAGCCCGUGGACGAGAACGAGUUCAUCGACGCCUCGCGGCUGGUGUACGACGGGGUGCGAGACAUACGCAAGGCCGUGCUGAUGAUCCGGACCCCGGAGGAGCUGGACGACUCGGACUUCGAGACGGAGGACUUUGACGUGCGCAGCAGGACCAGCGUGCAGACCGAGGACGACCAGCUGAUCGCCGGGCAGAGCGCUCGGGCCAUUAUGGCUCAGCUUCCCCAGGAGCAGAAGGCUCAGAUCGCCGCGCAGGUGGCCAGCUUCCAGGAGGAGAAGAGCAAGCUGGACGCCGAGGUGUCCAAGUGGGACGACAGCGGCAAUGACAUCAUCGUGCUGGCCAAGCAGAUGUGCAUGAUCAUGAUGGAGAUGACCGACUUCACCAGGGGUAAGGGACCUCUGAAGAACACGUCUGAUGUGAUCAGCGCAGCAAAGAAGAUCGCAGAGGCUGGAUCCAGAAUGGACAAACUGGGCCGUACCAUCGCUGACCAGUGCCCGGACUCCGCCUGCAAGCAGGACCUGUUGGCCUAUCUCCAGCGCAUCGCCCUGUACUGUCACCAGCUCAACAUCUGCAGCAAGGUCAAGGCCGAGGUGCAGAACCUGGGAGGAGAGCUGGUGGUGUCUGGGGUGGACAGCGCCAUGUCCCUGAUCCAAGCCGCCAAGAACCUGAUGAACACGGUGGUGUCCACCGUGAAGGCGUCCUACGUGGCCUCCACCAAGUACCAGAAGUCCCUGGGCAUGCAGUCCCUCAACAUGCCCGCCAUCUCCUGGAAGAUGAAGGCCCCCGAGAAGAAGCCACUGGUCAAGCGCGAGAAGCACGACGACGGCCAGACCAACAAGGUCAAGAGGUCCUCCCAGAAGAAGCACGUCAACCCUGUGCAGGCCCUGAGCGAGUUCAAAGCCAUGGACAGCAUCUGAGUCCUCGUCUCUCUCUCUCUUUCUCUCUCUUUCUCUCCCCUGCCCGCCCCCCCUUCCCUCCCCUACUCUGUUUGUUGAGAAACAGCUAACUGGAAUUAAAUAUGCAGAGAAAAUGAUUUUUGUUUUGAAAUUUAGAUGAGGCCUUUCUGUCUGUCAGAAAGCAUUUCAAAACAUUCCCCUCCCUUGGUAGAGGUUCCGUCUGUUUGAUUUACAGUUCAGUGCAACUUAUGCCCUAUCCCCCCCCCCCCCUCCCUUGUUCUUCAAAUUUCUACACAAUCUGCAGUCUUCAAAAAUUGCUGUUGACCAUCCUACACUGAGGUUUAGAAUUGAUAUAGGAAGGGUAUUGAGGUCUGAGGUCAGGUUUUUUUUUUCUCCCCUGGGGAGGGGCUCAUUUUCUAAACAUUUAAAUUAAGAGCACAUUAAUAGUUUGGCUUUUACUGGCUACUUUCACGUGUAUUUACUUGGGUUUGCUCGUGUAUUUCUCAUUUUAACAUGGGAGAUUUUUCUGAAGAGGUUAUAGACCAUUAUCCAUUGUAAUAUGUGCAGCAGGUAAUUUUGAACGUAUGCAAGCUCUAAAAUGCCUUAUUUACUUUCACAAUAAUAAUUCUAGUCCCUUUUGAAGAAUGGUUAUGUAGAACUUUUGUAGCCCAAAGCCCAUUUUUCUAAAAGUAUAUUUUGUACCUAUAACAAACUUUUUAGCUGGUAGUUAUUGUUCUUGGAUUUUCAAAUGGUGUACCAGUGCAACGCUGCAUUGCUUUUUUGGAAGACUCAAAGUUUUAAAGUGAUUUUUAUUAUUCAUUUAAUUUCUGUCAGUUCCUUUCCUUCUAGGCCUUUAACAUUAAAUACUUUAAGGAAUUUUCAUAGUUUGCAGUUGUUUAGUUGUGUUGAGCAAAAUUGAUUUGGUAUUUGAAUUUCCUCCUGUCAGACCAUUGUAAUACUGUAAUUAACACAUCGUGGCUGACUUUCAUGCUUUAAACUGCUCAAUAGCUCACACAAACACCUGUUAAAUGUCUUUUUUAUCACCUGAGGGAUCAACCAGAUACAGAGUUGGAGAAUGCCUAAGCGUUAUCUACUGUACUCCGAUCACUAUUUCCAUUGGAGAGGAUCCUUAUAAUGGUCCACUCUGAUCAGUAUUCCAUAAGGGAGGAUCUUUAUAAUGAUCCACUUUGAUCACUAUUCCUAUAGGAGAAGAUCCUAAUGAUCCACUCUGAUCACUAUUCCCAUAGGAUAAUAUCCUUAAAAUGAUCCACUUUGAUCACUAUUCCUAUAGGAGAGAAUCCUUAUAUGAUCCCCUCUGAUUACCAUUCCCAUAGGAUAGGAUCCUGAAGAUGAUCGAGCUCUGAGCAAUCCCCUUGUAGAAAAUCCUUUAAGGUCAGUUCCAAAGAGAGGAUCCUGUAAUGUAAACUCUCCACCCUCAGGUCAUAUGAUCCCCACAGGUUUCAACUCAGGUGGGCAGAGCUAAUUACACCAUUAACAUUCCUGGGCACUGUCAUGACUGAAAGUUUGACAGUGACGAUCCAGCUUUGGUGACUGUUUUUAUUGUUAUUUCUGUUUUAAAUCACAGCGUAGACUGCCUUUGGGCCAUCUUGAAGCACUCUCUUAGUGCUUUUUGUAUUUAUUCUUCAUUAAUUGAAAUCUCAGCUUUAGAGAAGUAAUCUCGCUGUCUUGGGCUUGUGUUGGGUGGGGGUGGGGGGGACGUAUUUUGCGUAGUUGAAAUGCAGUGGAGUUUUAUCGAGUGUGUUUCUUUUUUUUUUUUUCCCCUGGAAAUAGAAGGUUACUUAGUGCAGGGACAGCGUUUUUGUGGAAAUAAGGUGGCCUUUGAUGUUCCAAGUAAACUGGAAGUGCUGUGGACCGUGUCACCGAGACGUGUGUGUAUGUCAAGUCUGUAGACGGCUACCUGGCUUUGAAGCGGUGCCACCUCUAUCUCUGCCUGAAACACGUCGGGUUGUUUUAUGACCAAAAACAGUGGUACUGAUUGCAGAGGUCCUGACAGAAGUGGUGUAGGGAAUCCCCCCCUCCCCCCCUCGAUUUUUGUAAUGUUCAGUGCGCAUUAUAGCGUGUUUUUGGAAGUGGGUUGUGUACCGAUCAUUUUCUGAAAUGCCCCCUACCCCUUUAAGCGAGAUCUGGACCUACGUUGUACUUUGUUGCAGGCGUUUGUGACACUGUUUUUUUUUAAAUUUUUUUUUUACUUUUCUCCACUACACACUCGUACGCCUUCGUUUUAUGUAUUAAAUGAAUAAAUCAAAAUGAGUAAA